AUGAGGAGGAUAGAGAACCUGGCCAACCGGCAAGUGACCUUUUCCAAGCACCGGAGAGGCCUUCUGAAGAAGGCCUUUGAGCUCUCCGUGCUCUGCGAUGCUGAGAUCGGCCUCAUCAUCUUUUCAGCCCGUGGGAAGCUCUACAAAUUUGCCAGCUCCAGGUCGACCCUCCUCCUCCUCUCUCCCUCUCUCUCUCCAUCUCCUCUUCCUGCUGUUCGAUUUAGUUUCUUUUUAGCUCGCUCUUGUUCAAUAGCUAUUUCCAUUGAGAUUUCUUCGUUUGGCCAUCCACUUGCUAAUUUUGUCAUGACUGGCAAACUGCUGAAGGAGGCAGAUAAAGAAAUUGGUCAUCAGAAAAUGAUUACCUCCCUAUCAAAAUUUGCAGAUGGCUCUCAUUUUCUAACAGGUUCAUCAGAUAAGUUUGCCAAGAUGUCAGGAAAAGUAGAGGAAGGAAUCCUUUUGGCUCCUAACAGUUAA